AAACGUCACAUCCCCUUGACCCUCCAAUCACCUCGGGGUCCCAUUUGAUUGGAAGGCGGCAACGGCUUUAAUCUCGGACUAAUUCAGCUGCUUUUGAAGUGAACAUUUUCUACUAGUUGGUACUCGAGGAGUAGGGAGCGAGGACCCGCGAGAGACAGACGCACUGAAAGGCGCGACGCUCAUGGUGCAGGACACAGCCACGGAUCCGCGAUAAACUCGCACGGUCUCCAUCCAGCUGCCGCGCCUUCGCUUCUUUUACCCGGAUUACUCGUUAUUAACAGUUUUUUUUCUUCUUUUCGCCCGAGAGCGAGAGAGAGAGAGAUAUAGUCUGAAUGUUUGUUUUGGUUUUCUUAAUGAAUCCAACGAAAACAUCGCCGUUUCACUUCCUGACAAUUGGGACAUGAUCACGUCCCCCUCGGCGUCUGUCCUGAAGAAUAGCGGUAUCUGUGCAGUGUGGGAGAGCAGCAGCAGCAGCAGCAGCAGCAGCAGUUCUCGGAAUAGCAGCUCAGCGAGCAUCAACAAGCCCUUUCUCCACUCCGCGCCCCCGUGUGAUCCACUACGGCAAGCGAGCCGGCUUCCCAUCAAGAUUCUGAAAAUGCUCACCGCCCGCUCAGGACACAUUUUGCACCCGGAGUAUCUGCAGCCUUUGCCUUCUACCCCGAUCAGUCCCAUCGAGCUCGAUGCUAAGAAAAGUCCGCUGGCUCUUCUGGCGCAGACGUGCUCUCAGAUCGGCAAACCGGACCCGCCGCCUUCCUCCAAAUUGUCCUCCGUGACGUCCAAUGGAUCUAGCGAGAAGGAAUCUAAAUCCGGCCCUCUGAAAAUGAGCGACAUCGGCGUGGAUGACAAGUCCAGCUUCAAGCCGUACUCCAAGCCUUCGGACAAGAAGGACUCGUCUUCGGGCGUCUCGAGCGGAGAGAAGUCUGGUUUCCGAGUGCCGAGCGCCACCUGCCAGCCGUUCACGCCACGGACGGGCAGCCCCAACUCCACUACCUCCGCGUCCCCGAUGCCGUCCGAGGGCAAAUGCGGCGACAGGGAUGAAAAGAAAGAGUCCGACUGCAACAAAAACGGCGCCGCGGACGGCCCCGGCUCCGCUGGCCACGGCAGGAUAAGCGCGAGCUGCGGUGGAAUUAACGCGGAGGUCAACCAGCACCAGGAGACGACGGCUGGCUCCAAAACCUCCUGCUCGGACUCCGCGUCGGUGACUUCCGUGUCCUCCGCGUCCGUGCUCGGCUCGGGACUCGUGGCGCCGGUUUCUCCGUACAAGCCGGGGCAGACCGUUUUCCCGCUGCCUCCGGCCGGUAUGUCCUACCCGGGCAGCUUGGCGGGGGCCUACGCCGGUUACCCUCAGCACUUCCUGUCCCACGGAGGGGGCCUGGUCAACGCGCAGCUGGCCAGUUCGCUGGGCUGCAGCAAGGCUGGAAGCAGCCCCCUGGCCGGGGCCUCUCCGCCGUCCAUCAUGUCGGCCAGCCUUUGCAGAGACCCUUACUGCCUCAGUUACCACUGUGCCAGCCACUUGGCGGGCGCGGCCAGCGCCUCCUGCACGCACGAGUCCGCGGCCGCAGCUGCCGCGAACGCGCUCAAGUCCAGCUACCCGCUAAUGUACCCCACGCACCACAUCCACGGCGUGCACUCCUCGGCGCCGUCGUUUAGCGGACACCCGCUGUACCCGUACGGGUUCAUGCUCCCCAAUGACCCUCUGCCCCACGUUUGCAACUGGGUGUCCGCAAACGGACCGUGCGACAAGCGUUUCUCCUCGUCAGAAGAGCUCCUGAAUCACCUGAGGACUCACACGGCGUUCACCGGGGCGGAGAAGUUGAUUUCCGGCUAUCCGGGGUCUUCGUCUCUGGCCAGCGCCGCCGCGGCGGCCAUGGCCUGCCACAUGCACAUGCCGCCGUCAGGUGGCCCCGGGAGCCCCGGGACAUUGGCUCUGAGGAGCCCGCAUCACGCGUUAGGACUCAGCAGCCGCUACCACCCGUACUCCAAAAGCCCCCUGCAAAGCCCCGGCGGCCCGGUCCCCAUGCCCGCUGCCACCGGCCCUUAUUACUCCCCGUAUGCGCUGUACGGCCAGAGACUCACCACAGCAUCGGCGCUUGGAUACCAGUGAGGAGCAGAAUUGACUUUGAAGAGUUUAUAGUUCUACGAAUGCAAAUAUAAAAAUUAAAAAAAAAUAAAAAGUUUUAUAUUAACAGCGCUAAACGUAUGGGCGGGAUCCGUGGACUUCAACUGUAUUUAUUUAUAUGUCGGCUUAAAAACAGGCGAUGAUAGCUGCAAAUGGAAAAUAUUUGAGCAACUCGAAAAGUGCAUUAUGUUGAAACUGAACUCUAUAGGAAAAAUGGAAACACACACACAUGUUAGAGUACUAAUUAACAUAGGGAUCUUCAUUUUGAUGUUAAUUUGAAUUUGCUGAUUGUAUUUGUUCUUAUUUAAUGUCUCAUUGAGAAGGAAAUAAUUUACAUGCAUGUUUGGUUCUUAAAUUUCGGAAAUUGUCCACAUUGAAAUUGCCGUUAUUUUUCAGGUGUACACCUUGGAAAGAGAAUUGGUAUUUUUUUGUAUGUAUUCUGGAAAAAAAUAAGAAACAAUUCUGUUCCAUAUCUCCGUGUGCCUCAUUUUCUGAACUAUUAUUCAGUGUCAAAUACUAAUUGAGUUUAUAUUCCACUUUCAGUCUAUAAAAUCGGUUUUAUAAGUGAA